GACAUCAGAGCACCUUCUCACUGUAACUCAGCUGAACUCAUGUCUCCUGUCACCAUGUCCUACAACUGCUGCUCUGGAAACUUCUCUUCCCACUACCUGCAGGGUUCCCUGUGCUACCCAGGGUCCUCCUGGGGCUCUUCCCCUCCCAGUCAUCUGGUCUACAGCACUGCUCUGCUCUCCCCGCACCUGCCACCUGGGCUCCUCUCCCUACAGGGGCUGUCAGGAGACCAGCUCUGA